AUUCAGGAAGCUUUUACUCAGAGAGGGAAAGGCGAGUAAAACACAGGGAAAAAGUGAAACACGGUUAAAUAACAGAUCACAGCUCAGUUAGAAGUGAUAACUUUUCUAUUACCAGUCAGCACGCAGGAGGACAUCAGGAGGAAAGCUCGUGUGUGUGUGUGUGAGAGAGAGAGAGAGAGAGAGAGAGAGAGAGAGAGAGAGAGAGAGAGAGAGAUGGUCAGUCUGCAGGGGAAAACUCUCACUGCUUUAUUCUUCUGUCUGACUUUCAUUCCCACCGAGGAGAACCAGAAUGUUUACAGGUCAGUCAGCGCUCCGGCUCAGGCUCAUUUUGCUGAAACAUUUGAUACAGACUCUUUGGACAGGAGGUGGGUUAUGUCUCGAGCUCUGAAAGAAGGGGAGGAUGAUAUUCAUAAAUAUGAUGGCGAGUGGGUUAUAGAGGAGCCAAGGAAUCAGGUGUUACCAGGGAACAAGGGCCUCGUGCUGAAAUCCCCGGGUCACCAUCACGCUAUUUCUGCUUACCUGCGCACGGCCUAUCACUUCAGAGACAAACCCCUCUGCCUGCAGUAUGAAGUUGACUUCCAGAAGGGGAUUGACUGUGGUGGAGCCUACAUAAAGCUUCUGACUUAUACGGAUAAUCUGCGUCUGAGUCAGUUCAGUGACGGCACCCCCUACACCAUCAUGUUUGGUCCAGAUAAGUGCGGCACUACAUACAAGGUUCACUUCAUCUUCCGCCACCGGAACCCCCGGACUGGAGCGUAUGAGGAGAAACACGCUCAGCAGCCUGAAGCUGAUCUGAGUGAAUACUUUACCGACCGCAAGCCUCAUCUCUACACUCUGAAUUUAUUUCCGGACAACACCUUUGAAAUCCUUAUUGACCAAACUCUUGUUAAGAAGGGCAGCCUGCUCGAGGACAUGGAUCCACCAGUGGUGCCUCCUCACGAGAUAGAAGAUCCAAAAGAUAGAAAACCCAAUGACUGGGAUGACAGGAGUCAUAUUUCUGACCCCACCGUAACAAAACCCCAUGACUGGGAUGAGGACGCCCCUCGGCUCAUCGAUGACCCCACAGCCCAGAGACCUGCAGGCUGGAUAGAAGAGGAAGAGCCUUUUGUUCCAGACCCAGAAGCUCAGCCUCCACAUGACUGGUCUGUGGAGAUGGACGGGGAGUGGGAGCCUCCUCUGAUUGAUAACCCUGCCUGUGCCGAGGCUGCAGGCUGUGGUCCCUGGAAGCCUCCCCUGGCACCCAACCCAGCAUACAAGGGGAAGUGGAAAGCACCUGUGAUUGAAAACCCAAAUUAUCAGGGGAAGUGGCAGCCACGGAUGAUCCCUAACCCAGCUUACUUUGAGGACCCUCAGCCCUUCAGAAUGAGUCCUGUGGGAGCGGUAGGAUUUGAACUGUGGUCUCUCACUGGAGACGUGCUGUUUGAUAAUAUCCUGGUGUGUGACGACCUAGAGACUGCUAAGCGAUGGACAGUGGACACCUGGGGACAGAGACAGACACCUGGAGUUAUUCAGCGGCUGUUGUUUGCCACAGCAAAGCGUCCCUGGCUGUGGGGGGUAUACGUCUUCUCUGUGGGCCUUCCCAUCGUCCUGUUCAUCAGUUUUAUGUGGCCUGAUAAGCGUUUUGGGCCUGCGGGUGAGGAUUACUACUACAAGAAAUCUGAUGAGCCUCAGCCAGACAGUCCACAGGAUUCAGAGAGCCAAGCUACACUGAAUGACUAUGGGUCCAAGGUCAGAACUGGUCCAAGAAAAAGGGAAACCAGGAAAGCUCAGAAAAAGUCAGACUUGGAAUUAAAGGUUUCAGACUGAGGCUCAUAAACCUUCUUCACUCCUGGAGAUAAACUGGACUAGACUUGAAUAAAAGCCAUAAAAAAAGACAUAAGUCGUGACAGAUAAUCCAAUCCCUAAAUGUCAAGGACAUUUACAAGGACAGUGCUUGUCAUGCAACAUAGAGUAGCCUGUAUUAAUUUGGUCUUUUUUAAAAGUACUGCCCAAAAACGGUUCAUUUAUAAUAGAAUUUCUAACAUCAUGGAAUUCUGUUUUCAUCGUUUGGAUGAAAUACAAGGAAAAAGCCUUAGAAAUUAAUGCUGUGUUUAAUUUGACCUGAACUUUUAUGGAGGUGCGGAUUUCAUUUUCCAGCAGGACUUGGCACAUUGCCCACACAGUGUCAAAAAAUAUAUAUAUUUUGAGUUUUCUUCGACUGUAAUCUAUAAUAAUUAAAUCAUCAACGAUAAAAUAAAUAUAUACUUAAAAUAGA